GUGAAAAAAGUACUUAAGUACAGUAACAAAGUAUUUGUACUUCAUUACAUUCCACCACUGCAUACUGGCAUAAACAGAGAUUUCUAUCGGUGUGCAUCAUAUGACUAAACACUUAAUUGUUUUCAAAUACUUCCGGUUUUACACUACAAUGCCAUUUUCAAAUGUAUCCACUUGGGAAAGCAUUUUCAAAAGGUUUUCGCAGGACAAAAACAACAUCUAUGUGUACGGAAGGCUAAAACUUAGAGAAAAAUAUACGUUUUCAAAUGUAUCCGGAUUAGUAUAUUAGUGCCUCAGAGUCUAUUUUUAUGUUUUCUGCCAUGUAGGAUGAUCUGAAGAAAAAAAUGAUGACUUUGAGGGCCAAGCAUAUGGAGACGUUAACUUCUAACGCUGCAGAGAUCAGUGCAGUUGAAAAAAGCAUCUAUGAGAACAGGGUCAUGCUUGAGCAAGUUCAGAUGGAAAACAGUCGUCUGCAUAUGUGCAUUGAACAAAUGAAGGAGGAAAUAUUGGAUGCAGAGAAAGACAAGGAAAAGUAUAUGCAGGAGGCCAAGUGGAUGACGGAGGGAAAGCAGUCCCUCUUUAAGAGUCUAAUAGACACCUGGACCACAGAUAUGCUGCUUACUGAGGAAUCUGCAGAUCAAGACCAGAAGAUUGUGGAAAGCAUAUACAGUCUCAUCGUAAGGAUUCAAGAAAGAAAACGUCGCAUCGGUGACAUCAACAGCAGGCUGGAGAAAGAGUUAGUGGGUAUGAAUUCCAUGUUCGAAAAGCCAAACUAGAAAAGCCAGGAAAUAAACAUUUACAUUAUAUUAAAUAUUGAACAGCAUUCUUAGAAUCUAAACUUUUAGCUGAUUUGAAAUAUAUUAGAAUUGAGUCUUACUAGAAACAUGUAUAUUGAUUAUUAGUAAAAAUUACUUUUCUCUGCAUUAGUUUACAUGAACUAACAAUGAGCAAAAUAGUUUUUACAUUGAUAAUGAUAGUUGACAUAACCUGACAUGUUAUUUUCCAUGACUCUGAAAAACACUUGCUUUAAAUACUGUUAAAAAAAUCACAUCUAUGCAAAAAAACUGUCACAAUAAUUUAUUCAACAAGUCAAACACAGUUGACAAAUGUUCAUUUUCAUUGAUUUGAUAGCCAUGAAUGUAACUCACCACCAACAUGUAAAACAUUACAUAUUCAAUAAAACUGUUUAAAACAUUAAUGUCUCUAAUCAGUUUGUUAUAUUCCACAUACCUGUUGAACUUAUAAAUAUACGUUUAAAAAAUCUUUAGUCAAGUGGUGAGGAUGCGAGUCUGAGAACAUUGAAAACUACAUAGAAUUAUUCCCACAAUACAAUGUGUGUGCAGACUUACAUAUUCAGCAGCCAAACAUUCAUAACAUGCUAAUAUGAUUUGUCAAGAUAUUCCUUUUAUAGUGUUAAGCUAUGAUUUAACCGCACAUGAACAGAAAGCGGAAAUACAUACAAUUAUAUUUGGCACAAGAAAGUUUGUCAUAGGAAAAUGGUUAACAUUACUUCAGGGCACUCAAAUUCACAGACCAGCUGUUUCGUAUAUAUCACACAAAACAUACAUUGUAUAUUACAGCAAAUUGUUGAUUUGUAACUAUACUUGACAAUAGAUACAAAUUUCAAAUAAUAAUGAAAUAUAUACUUAGGUUACAAU